GGGAGCUGGUAUUGAUCACAUACCCUACAAUCUAUCAGCACUAAAAAAUACUCAAAAAUCAAAAAUUAAACAAAGCAUAAUGCAGUGAAACUGCUUUUAUAGUAUUAUGUAUGGCUUAGAAUGAGUUAUAUUUAACUAGAAUUCAAAGUUUGUUUACACGUCCUCCCCUACAGUGCAGAAAGCUACGGAAUAAAGCGCCAAAUCUGAAAACACGGACAGGAAGAAAACACCCAUAUGUUGUUAGGUCAUAUAAUUACUGUUCACCCAUCCAGAAUACUUCAUGUCUGAGUGGUCAGGUUCAGUCUUCAGAUGAACGUGAUGCUCAGUCCGGAUCAGGUGUCCUUCAUAGGACUGGCGUUUGAGACUUAUGUGAUGGAGCACCACAAGAAUGACAUCCUACAGAUCUUCCAGGAGGCCAGUGAAGAUGCUCACUAUCCUGUUGUAGUGAAUGCCAUGACCUUAUUUGAGGACAAUAUGGAGGUUGGAGAGUGUUUCAAUGCGUUCCCCAGCCAGGUGCUGCCUAUAUUUGACAAUGCUCUGCAGAGAGUAGCCCAGACCAUAUCUCAGUCUUCUUCCUCAACGCAGGAGAGUUUCAAACUCAAACACAAUCUGCAUGUUCGUAUAUCAGGUUUACCUAUGUGUCCCGAGCUGACCAGAGAUCACAUUCCUAAAGCUAGAGACGUGGGUCACUUCCUGUCCGUCACGGGCACGGUCAUCCGCACCAGUGUGACUAAAGUGCUGGAGUAUGAGGGAGACUACAUGUGCAAUAAAUGCAGGCACGUGUUCUCCAUGCAGGCCUCUUUUGAGCAGUUUUACACCUUCACUCCACCCACCAGUUGCCCCAAUGAGGAAGGAUGUAAUUCUUUCAAAUUCACCUGCCUGUCAGGAAGUGACGCCCCUCCGGCCGCCUGCAAGGACUACCAGGAGAUCAAAAUCCAAGAGCAGGUACAGAAACUGUCAGUGGGCAGUAUCCCUCGAUCUAUGCUCAUCGUCCUGGAGGACGAUCUUGUGGACAGCUGUAAAUCAGGCGAUGACAUCACAGUGUAUGGCGUUGUGUGUCAGCGCUGGAAGCCGAUGUUUCUGGAUUGCCGCUGUGAUGUGGAGAUUGUGCUGAAAGCAAACUAUAUCGAGGUCAACAAUGAGCAGUCUAGCACUGCACUAGUGCUGGAAGACAUCCAGAAGGAGUUUGAAGAUUUCUGGGACAGUCACAAACAUGACCCCAUUGCUGGCAGGAAUGAGAUCUUGAUGAGUCUCUGCCCUCAGGUGUUCGGCAUGUACGUCGUCAAGCUGGCUGUUGCUAUGGUUUUGGCAGGUGGGGUACAGAGAAUAGAUGCAUCUGGAACCAAGGUGAGAGGAGAGUCUCAUCUGUUGCUCGUGGGGGAUCCAGGCACUGGGAAGUCACAGUUUCUGAAGUAUGCAGCUAAGAUUACACCACGCUCUGUGCUCACUGCAGGAAUCGGAUCUACUAAUGCAGGUCUGACAGUGGCGGCUGUUAAGGACUCUGGAGAGUGGCAUCUGGAGGCAGGAGCCCUUGUUCUCUCUGAUGGAGGUCUGUGCUGCAUCGAUGAAUUCAACAGCAUCAAAGAACAUGACCGCACCAGCAUCCACGAGGCCAUGGAGCAACAAACCAUCAGCGUGGCAAAAGCCGGAAUGGUGUGCAAACUGGACACAAGGACCACCAUCCUGGCAGCUACAAACCCAAAGGGGCAGUAUGACCCUAAUGUGUCCGUUUCUGUGAACGUGGCCCUCGCCAGCCCCCUCCUGAGCCGCUUUGACCUCGUACUGGUUCUGCUGGAUACUAAAAACCCAGAAUGGGACAAAAUAAUCUCCUCAUUUAUCCUGCAGAACAAAGGAGCGCCGAGUGCGUCUUCAUGUUUAUGGAGUAUGGAGAAGAUGAGGGCCUAUUUCUGUCUGAUCAAGACGCUUAAGCCUUGUAUGACACAGGAAGCAAACACCAUCCUGAGCCGCUACUAUCAGCUGCAGAGACAGAGCGACAGCCGGAACGCCGCCCGGACGACCAUCCGCAUGCUGGAGAGUCUCAGCCGUCUCGCUGAGGCUCAUGCCAGGCUGAUGUUCAGAGAGACAGUGACCGUAGAGGAUGCGGUUGUUGUGGUGUCUGUUAUGGAGUGCUCCAUGCAGGGAGGCGCUCUUCUUGGAAAUGUGAGCGCUCUACACACCUCUUUUCCUGAUGACCCCUGUGAACAGUAUAAAACACAGUGUGAGAUUGUGCUUGAGAGGCUGGGAUUGACUGAUAUCCUGCAGAAAGAACUGAAAAGACUUUCAAGGCUAGAUAGCAGAAGACCAUACUCCCCUAAAGAGACCAAAUCCUGUAGUGACCACACCAGUCAGCCUCCAACUGGUCAGAAUCACAGUAAUGGUGAGGUGACCACUGAUCCAGACCCCAGCCUGGACUGGUUCCACUCUUUAUCCAGCGCGACUGGAACCGGCUCCAUCGUUCACACCUCCUCCAUCAUUACCUCCACACAGAAUGCCACCACUACACUGGGUGGCACGACGGUGUUGCCUAGCAACAACCGUUCCAUGCGCUGCAAGGGUUCUGUGUGGGAGAAGGAUGACGAUCCAUCCCUGGUUGAGGCUGUUGUGGAAAAGGGCUUCAAAAAGCUCAGAGCCAAACGGUUGAAAGACAUGAAAGCAUCCCUCCUGCUGAGCGAGGAACGAGUUUUAGGAGAGACAGGUGACGAUUUAGAGGAUAUUUUCUCCCACAGCACACCCAAAACGAGGAAGAAACCCUCAAAAAGAAAAAACACAACCACCAGUCCUCCUGACAUCAGAGCCGAUAGCGGAGAGGAUUUACACAGCAAACUCACAACCUUCACAUUCAAGCCCAGAGAGAGAUUGACUCAUGCCGGUCAGUCGUUUGCGAAAACAAGUGGCAAAGUGGCGGUGCAUGAGGGAGCGAAACCUGCUGCACCUCAGAUACCAGAAACACAGGCCCACAGUGAGAAUCGGUCAAGCUCAUGUCGUCCAGCAGAGGGGAGCAGAGCUUAUGAGAAACCCCGGCUAGGAACCAACAAUAAAACAGAAGACGUUUCCUCUCUGGUCUUAAAUGAUGUAAGCACAGCUCAGAAAGGGACGUCUGAGGACACUAAUCAUCAACGACAGCUGCUGUCCAGACUCAACAGCCUCUCUCCAGGUGAGGAGAAUGGCAACACUUAUAAACACCCACAAUCCCCACCAAAGACAGACCACCCAAAGGUGAAGGUGGCCAGUUCAACUCUGGCCAAACUUUCAAGAUUCUCUUUUACGGGCUCAUCUGAGGAAAAGCCUGGUGAUAAAACAGUCCCAGCUACAAACAGCAGUACAAACAAAGAGCCAGCAAACCCGCUUUCUGAAGACCAGGAGAACACAAGCACACUGACCAAGAAAAAUAAAACCACAGAUGCGAAGGCCACCACUGUGCAGACGGGCAACAUGAGGACAGAGCCCUCCGACAGACAGGAAGAAGCCGGAGAGAAUGCUACAAAGAAGAGGAGAUGCUUUGAGUUGGGCUCCGGAGGCCCUGUAGGACUCCUCAAAGGUUUUUCACUGUUCGGCUCGUCUGUCAUAGACGAUGAAGAUCUAGAUGCUGACUGGAUCUGAUGCAGCAGGAGACGUUUGUCAUGUAUAUUUGCAGUAUAUGUAUUUCUUGUGUUUUUUUGUUCAUUUAAGUGCAGUGUGAUGUUUUAAUGGCUAAACAGAU